AUGUCCAACGACAGCAUGGAUGCCUGGAAUACCGGACCUUCAGGGAACAACAACUCAGGCAAUAUAAACAGUUCUAUGCUAAAUCUGAACGAUGACUACACAAAUAUUUUGAAUAACCUCGCCAACGGCCAUUCUAGCUCAUUAAAUGACGCAUUUCAAGACCGACAAGAUCAUCAAACCGCUCAACAUAACCUCCCCAACCUUAACGAUAAGGCGCAGACUGAUAAACAACCCAACUUAAAUAUGUUACUACAGCACUACCAAGACUUACUUAGUCGGUCUGCUAGCAAUGAUAAUUCCCCAGAUUUUUCUGGCGCACCUACUCCAAUCAUGAACACAAAGACAAUCGCGGCUCAAGAGAACAAAUCCGUAAUAGCCGACAAGCCUUGCGAUCAUUGCAGGAGGAGACAAAUUAAGUGUGUCAUAGUGCCAGAUCUUCCAAACUGUGUGCAAUGUGAAACGAAAGGAAUAAAAUGCGUGUGCUCCGAGCUUCCCUCGUCCCGAACUGCUACCGAGUUGGUUCAAGACCAGCAAAAGCGUGGCCGAGUCGACGAGAACGUCAACGUCCACGAGCUUUUGAAGAGGGCAAAGCUUAGCAACAAUGACUCAGUUUCGCAGUACUAUUCAGAACUUCUACAGAACCUUAAUCAAAACUCAGGGAACAUGAACUCAUCUGAGUUCUCACACGUAAAUAGUGGGAGCACAAAAGGAAACUCACCUCUCCUAUACGGUACACCAGGCUACAACAACAACGCUUUACCAUCCAAUGUUUCUGGUCUAACUAAUUUUAAUACGGGUAAUGGUGUAAAUCAGAAACCAGCAUAUGCUCAACCACCAAUUCAAUACCCUAGGUCAUCUUUUUACGUGGGACCAACCUCUGUUUUUGAUAUAAAUUUGGUUAAUCAUGUAAAGCUGGAUAAGAUCGAUCAGGUUCAAUUGUCCAAAACUUUAGCACUUAGAAAAGUCGCACCAAAUGUUCAAUUUAUAUUAAGGGAUGACUUCAAUCAAGGACUUUAUUUGAAACAAGAACAAGAAAUUGACCUAGUCGAAAAGUUGGUGCAUCCUCACGGAAAGAUCUUAGUGGACAUAUUUUUCAAACUAGUUCAUCCUUAUUUUCCAAUUUUGCAUGAAAGGGUUCUCCUAGAAAAGUAUUCGAGAUCCUACCGUGAACUCACUGCUCCAUUGCUAGCCGCCAUCUAUUCUCUCUCUUUACAAUGGUGGGACUUCCACCCGCAGCUCGUAGGAUUUCCAAAACCUGAUGUGACAGAGCAACUCAAUGAGAUUGCCCUGCGAACAUUCUUCGAUGUAGUUGAGAGACCGAAGUUGAGUAUAAUUCAGACUGGGUUACUCAUUCUACAGUGCAGGAGCGAAUGCUCCAGUAACUGGGUGAUUUGUUCUGAAGUGGUUGCAUUGGCGGAGGAUUUAGGUCUUGGCGUUGAUUGUCAAGAUUGGCGAUUACCUCGCUGGGAAAGGGGCUUGAGACGCCGUUUAGCUUGGGCCGUAUGGUUGCAAGAUAAAUGGACUUCUAUGAUGGAAGCACGUUACUCUCAUUUAAUUUUAGGACGUAAUUGGUUGGUCAAAAUGCUUACUGAAGAAGAUUUCCCUGAUAAGUCGCCUGUGAUCAGCAGUAGCCAAAGCACGAGUCAGGGUCAUGGCCAAUUAGGGAAUGAUGUUUCAGGUGGUAAUAUAUCCAUGUUGGAUAUGUCACCUACGGACGAAGAUUUUAAUAAUGGCAAAUUAAUGUUUCAACAAAUGGUUUCCUUGAGCAUUAUCUUAGGCGAAGUUCUUGAUACUUUUUAUACACUGGGUGCACUCAAAACCGUGACAAAGAUAGAGCAAGUAUUGAAGCUAGCAAAGCCUCUGCAGUUGAAAAUGAGAGAAUGGUACCACUCUUUGCCUUCACAGUUAUCAAUGAAUACAUUUCAACAGAGAAAAUUUAAUAGUAAUGCCGCUUUGACAUUGUCUUAUUUUGCCGUUGAGAUCACCUUGCACCGAAAGAUCAUUACGACGCUGAAGCCGGAUACCGCUAGAGAGCUCGUACAAGUAUGUCGAACUGCAGCCAAAACAAGACUAAUCGCUGCUAUUGAAUUCGCCCGUGAUCUCAAAUUCGAGCAUAUCAACUCCUUUUGGUACACUUGUUCAACGGGUAAUUUAACUCUCAUUGGAACGUUUGCUGCGCUUCUGUACGUCACAGCCCCAACAAAAGAAGAAGCGAUUGUAUUCAGAGACUGUUUGAGAAACUACGUAUGGAUUCUUCGAAUGACAUCCAAGAGUUUCGAUAAGGCGGGAAACAGUUUGAAAAGAAUUCACAUGCUUUUAACGCAAAUACCUGGCCUCUUGACUGAUGAACCAGUCAUACCCCACCAGCCUCAGCAAUCAUUUAUGCCACCUCCUUCUCAAUCUCCUAUGAUGUCCCAACAUUCGUUGGUCCAACCGCAAACUGUUGUGUCGAAUUCAUCGGAUCAAAGUCCCUUUCAUCAACAAACACCUUUAAAUCACGUCAAGAAUAUUCCUCCAGAUGUGCUUCAACAGUUGGUUAGUCUACAGGGAAACAUGCCUUCAUUACCUGGUGCGCUCAAUCAAGUCGCUGGUGGAAUGAGUCCUGUUAAUAGGGAUCUAGAGUCAAAUGGUGUGCAGAAAGACUCUGUUAAAAACGCAGAUCAUUCUGACCGGGGGCAGACUUCGCCCAUGAGACAAGCGCAAGACACCAAAGCAUCUCCUCAAAAAACUUCUCAGCAGGCCAUGGAAGAGUCUUCGUUUACACAAGUUAGACUACAGGAGAGCUCCCAGAAGGGGCAAAACUCCCCCGGAAAAGCGUCCAGUCUUUCAAAUAAACCAAAGCCUUUAACACCCCAAAGUGUUAAUGGAGUGACAGGGAAGAAUAUCAAUCAGCAACCCUCGAAAGACAACUCUGAUGAAAGUCAGCUCAAAAAGGAAAAUGCCAACGUUAACGUUUCUCCAGUUUCAUCCUUGGAAUCAAGCAAUUCUGGACAUCAAGGUGAAGAUCAUUCUUCUCCGAAAUUGUCGAGUCUAGGGACUAGUGAAAGCAAAGAGGUUAAAGUAAAUUCGGAAUCACCUACUAAAACAAGUGAAGGUGAAAGUCGACAAUCUACUUCCGACAAUGACUAA